AUGACGCCUGAGCGAUCACCGGUUCCACCCUCGCCCAAACGACGCCGUCACGAUCCUAGGACAACCGCCGCGGCCGCAGCCAGCAGCACAGAGAUCCCAUCGACUGCCAGCGCCGUCCCGUUACCAGACGAGAUCAUCUUCGACAUCCUCACCAGAGUGCCGGUGAGGUCGGCGUGCCGAUUCCGAUGCGUCUCCAGCGAGUGGUGCGCGCUCAUCUCCGGCCCGGACUUCGCCGCCGCGCACGGGUCCCGCGCUCACGCCGAGCCCCUCGUUUGGGUUUACUCCUUCCGAGGCAAGGGCACCGAACUGCGGCUGGUGGGCAUGAACGGCGGUGUUGUGCGUGUGAUCAGGGACGGAGGUGGAACCAGGAAGCUCAGCGGUGGCGUCCUCAUCUGCGUUGCUAAUGAUUUUUUCGGCACACGCGUGGUUGAGCCGGCCAUGGGAGACGUACUCGUGACCUGCCCGGGGCUCAACAUGCUGCCUGAACCGCUGGGCAUGGGUAGGGACAUUCGGAGGAUACCCAAGGUCGCCUUCGGCAUGGGACGCGCUGUCCCGUCCGGUGAGUACAAGUUAGUCCAUCUCACAGACAUAGACGACGUGAGAUGCGAGGUCCUCACCGUAAAAGGCGACAUCGGGUGGAAGCGUGCGCCGUCGCCCCCGGCCCAUGUCACGUGCUCCUCGACCUGUGUCGCUGUUGUGAAUGGCAUCCUGCACGUCUUCGGGUCACGCGAGGGAGACAGCUGGGAUGUACAUUGCUUUGACCUCGAGAGCGAGAGGUGGAAGACGACGAUCCAAGGCCCACGGAUAGAAGGUGGCUACAACUUGUCGACGGAUAUCCGUAUGGUUGAGCUCAAGGGUACCCUUUGUGUGGUUCAGUCGUCGUCGAAGACUCAGCUCACCGACGUAUGGCUUCUGACCGAUCCAAAUAAGGGCAUUUGGGACAAGGCGUAUGCAAUCCCUAUGGAUCCACACACCCAACACUACACCCCUCUAGGGAUGACACAUGACGGUGAAAGGCUGCUCUUUCAGUGCUCUUUUAAUCAUAAACCAGCACAAGCCGUGCGAAUCUACGAUCCUUGCACCAACGCAUGGACGGAUGUCACGGAGACAUCAAGUAAUUUUGCUUGCAAAAUUGGUCUUCGCAAUCUUCGUUUAGGUAGUUUUAUCUCGGCCAAGACCUAG